GUAUUGGUUGAGUUCGUCCAAUCCGUCCGUUACCGUUAAACUACUCUAGCUUCACUGCUUCUGCUUCAUCUGCCUCCUUUCAACUCGCUCGCUUACUCACUCACCGAUUCACCCUCGGGGGGCGAUGAAGUGCCGAUCCGUGGCUUGUAUAUGGUCUGGCACGCCUCCGGUUCACCGAGUUACAGCCACCGCCGCACUCAACCACCCUCCCACUCUCUACACCGGCGGAUCCGAUGGCUCCAUCCUCUGGUGGAACCUCUCCAGCUCCGAAUCUGAUCCGGAAAUUAAACCCAUUGCUUUGCUAUGUGGUCAUGCUGCGCGCAUAGCUGAUCUCAGCAUCUGUUAUCCUAUGUUAGCUUCAGGAGAUGGAAAGACAGACCAUUUGAGUAAUGUCGCAUUGGAUUCUCCUUCGGAUAAUUGUGGUUGCUUGAUAAGUGUGUGCACUGAUGGAGUGCUGUGUGUCUGGAGCAGAAAGAGUGGACAUUGCAGGCGCAGAAGAAGACUUCCCCCCUGGGUAGGCAGUCCGUCUGUUAUUUGUACAUUGACAUCAAACCCGAGAUAUGUUUGUGUAGGAUGUUGUUUCCUUGAUGCUGCUCAUAUUUCUGAGAACCAUUUGGAAGAAUCAGUUGAAGUGAGUGUGGGCUCAGUGGAUAGAGAGUCUCAUAAGAGAAAGCCCCCCAAGUGUACUGUUGUUAUUGUUGAUACAUGUACUCUUACCAUCGUCCAAACUGUUUUUCAUGGAAAUUUGUCCAUUGGGCAGUUGAAGUUUAUGGAUGUUGUUUCUUCAGUUCAGGAUUGGGGUCAACAUUCUGCAGUGGUAGGUGAUUCGUUUGGUAGGCUACAAUGGGUUCCUAUUUCAAAUGAUUUCCAGAGAGAUAGUGAAGGAUUGCCAAAAAAUUCUUCUCAGUUACAAAUUGAGGUUUGGGAAGAUGGCCUGGUUGAGGGAGGACAAGUUCUGUCUAUUGCUACUUGUAAGAACAUUAUUGCUUUUGUGUUAAAAAAUCGCUGCAUAUUUAGGCUGUUGGACAGUGCUAUUACAAUUGGUGAGGUUUCUUUUAUGAACACUGUUCUCUGUCUUGAAGAUAAUUCUGGCCAAUCACAUAUCGUAGGGGCCAUGUUUCUUGAAACCGGUGAUGCUGGGAACCCACUGGUUGCCAAGGAAGCCGAUGAAACACAUUCAGAGAACUUUUUAUUGUGGAGUAAUAGAGGAUCUGCCAUUGUGUAUUCUACAUCAUAUAUAAAUGAGACAUUUAAGGCGGAGCCUCUUUGUGAAAUACCUGUCGCACCAUAUCCCAUUGAUGUGAGAUUAUCGUUUUUCUUCAUUCAGUUGAACCAGAGCAUACUUCGUGUUGGAUCAGUUUGUGCUCAUGUUGAAGAUUCUUUGCAGUGGGGACCACGAGUCACCAUCUGGUCACUUGAUGAGAAGAACACUGAUGAUCAUCAAAAGCCCUGUGGGCAAUAUAGAAUGCUGGGAGAAGGUGCUACUUUUCUUGAAUGGAUUUCAAGCCCUGGUUUAGAUCCCAGAAUUGGGAGCAUAGGUGGUGACAAGAGAAAACUGACUUCUAGUCAAACAUUGGGUCCAUGUUCAGAAACUGUAAAUAGCAUAGAUAUUGACAACAGAUGUUAUUUUUCUGUUCCUAAGGAACAGAUUGUAUCAUCAUCCAUGGUUUUUUCUGAAAAUCUCUAUGUACCCCACGCUGUUGUAUAUGGCUUUUUUAGUGGUAAAAUCGAAGUGGUACGGUUCAACUUGUUUCAGGGAGUUGAUUCUCCUGCUACAAGUCCACAUCUUGAAGUGAAUUCACAUAUAUCCAGACAAAGCUUUUCUGGGCAUACUGGUCCUGUACUAUGCUUGGCGGCACAUAGGAUGGUGGAUGCUGCCAAAGGAAGGAGUUUUAAUCAGGUUUUAGUUUCUGGAAGCAUGGAUUGCACCGUUCGACUGUGGGAUCUUGACACUGGUAAUCUCAUAUCAGUAAUGCACCAACAUGUGGCCCCUGUACGCCAAAUAAUUCUUCCCCCUGCUCAGACUGAACGCCCUUGGAAUGAUUGCUUUCUCUCCGUUGGGGAGGACUCGUGCAUAGCUCUUUCUUCUCUUGAGACUUUGCAAGUGGAGAGAAUGUUUCCUGGACACCCAAGCUACCCUGCCAAAGUUGUUUGGGAUGGCGUAAGAGGUUACAUUGCAUGUCUAUGCUGGGACCAUUCAAGAAUUUCUGAUUCCAUUGAUGUUCUGUACAUUUGGGACAUAAAGACAGGUGCUAGAGAGCGGGUCCUUCGUGGGACUGCUUCUCAUUCAAUGUUUGAUCAUUUCUGUAGAGGCAUCAGUAUGAAUUCUGUUUCUGGUUCUGUACUGAGUGGAAAUACUUCAGUUUCUGCAUUACUUCUUCCAGUGAAUGAAGACAGGAGCUCUCCUCGGUCACAUUUAAAGAAUUUUGAGAAAGGGGGUGCUUUGUCAAAUAUAUUUGAGCCAAUUGUUUCCAAAGUUCCUGUUAGUAAAGAAACUUCUGGAAAACCAUUGCCAAUCAAAACUGUUGUUUUUAAAAGCAGAAGCCAACCAAUUAAAUGCUUUUGCCCAUAUCCUGGAAUUGCCACUUUGACUUUUGACCUAGCAUCAUUAAUCAGUCCUUGUCAGAGACAUGAGUCUGUAGCAAGGGACAGUGGUAAGCAAGAAAGUGCUAAUACAACGGAACAGGUAACUGAGAGACAAGGGUUCCAACAAAUGACCUUAGAUGAGGGUCUCAAAAAUGAUUGGAAUACAAAAGAUGGUAUCGAAGAGCAUCACUGGGUUAGGUCACUUGAAGAGUAUCUAAUUCAGUUUAGCUUGUCAUUUCUUCAUUUGUGGGAUGUUGAUCAUGGGCUUGAUGAAUUGCUAAUAACUGACAUGAACCUAAAGAGACCACAUAACUUUAUUGUAUCUUCUGGUCUGCAAGGUGACAAAGGUUCUUUGACAUUGACAUUUCCAGGUUCUGCUGCAAGUCUUGAGGUAAAUCUUUGGAAAUCAUCAUCAGAGUUUUGUGCGAUGAGGUCACUGACUAUGGUGUCACUUGCUCAACACAUGAUUAGCCUGUCCCAUGCCGGUUCAGCAGCCAGCAGUGCUCUAGCAGCAUUCUAUACCAGGAAUUUUGCAGAUAAAGUUCCAGAUAUUAAGCCUCCUUUACUGCAGCUUUUGGUGAGUUUCUGGCAACAUGAAAGUGAACAUGUACGUAUGGCAGCACGCUCUUUAUUCCAUUGUGCUGCUUCACGGGCAAUUCCAGCACCUCUGUGUAGUCAACAGGCAACGCAGCAUGCACAACUGCUGAGAUCUCUACCUGUCAUUGAGGAAAAUGACCUUAGAAUUUCAGAAAAGGAAGGAACUUCCAUUGUUGGUUUGGAUUCUGAUUGUUCACCAGAAACAGAAGGAGCUUCUCAGCUUGAGGAAUCUAAACUGCUUGCAUGGCUAGAAUCAUAUGAGAUGCAAGACUGGAUUUCUUGUGUUGGGGGAACAAGUCAAGAUGCAAUGACAUCUCAAAUCAUUGUUGCUGCAGCAUUGGCCAUUUGGUACCCUAGCCUGGUGAAACCAAGUCUUGCCACAUUGGUUGUUCAUCCCCUAGUGAAGUUGGUUAUGGCAGUGAAUGAGAAAUAUAGUUCCACAGCAGCAGAGCUUCUGGCAGAAGGCAUGAACGGCACCUGGAAGGCUUGCAUUAGUUCUGAAAUACCUCGUUUGAUUGGUGAUAUAUUCUUUCAAAUAGAAUGUGUAAGUGGUCCAUCUGCCAAUUCAGUUGGUGAACAUCAAGCUGUUCCAUCAUCCAUCCGUGAGACUUUAGUUGGGACUCUUCUUCCAAGUCUGGCCAUGGCUGAUAUUCUAGGGUUUUUAACUGUAACAGAAAGCCAAAUCUGGUCCACUGCAUCUGAUUCUCCUGUUCAUCUGGUAUCUCUCAUGACUCUCAUCAGGGUAGUGCGUGGUUCUCCAAGAAACUUAGCUCCAUACCUUGAUAAGGUGGUUAACUACAUUUUACAAACUAUGGACCCCAGUAACUCAGUCAUGCGCAAAACUUGCCUUCAGACUUCAAUGACAGUGUUAAAGGAAGUUGUACGUGUAUUUCCAAUGGUAGCGUUAAAUGAAACAUCCACCAAACUGGCUGUUGGUGAUGCCAUUGGGGAGAUUAACAAUGCAAGUAUUCGGGUAUAUGACAUGCAGAGUGUGGCAAAAAUUAAAGUUUUGGAUGCAAGUGGACCUCCUGGACUUCCAAGUUUGCUUUCAGGAGCCCCAGAGUUGGCUGUAACUACUUUGAUUUCAGCUCUAAGCUUUUCCCCAGAUGGAGAGGGGCUGGUUGCUUUCUCUGAACAUGGGCUGAUGAUCAGAUGGUGGUCAUUGGGGUCCGUGUGGUGGGAGAAAUUGAGCCGCAACUUUGUUCCCGUUCAAUGCACCAAAGUAAUAUUUGUUCCUCCAUCUGAAGUAUUUUCACCUGGUACCUCAAAAUCUAGCAUUAUGGCAAGUAUAACUACACAUGACAAUGAAGCCAAUUUGCAGGAGUCUCCUAGAAAUUUGAGUUAUGCGGACAAUUUGAAGCUCUUGAUUCAAAAUCUUGACCUUUCUUACCGGUUGGAGUGGAUCAGCAAGCGAAAAGUACUUCUCACAAGACAUGGCCUUGAGUUAGGUAGCUUCCCAUUGUAAGCAUGUGGAUAAGUUCCAGGAUUAAUUUACUUUAACAUUCAAGUUGAAAAGUAUCUUUGUGCACAUACUGUCUGUCUCUGGAAAAACAAUGUCUGCCCAGGUGGAUAAAAUUUGUUCCUGUACACUCAGUUGUCCCCAGGCCUUCUGCUCUAUACCUUCUUAUCUCAAGCUUUCACUUAUAGCUCUGGGGUUUCCAGUGAGACUUGUGUGACCACCUCAACACAUUUGUUGUUGCAAAUGUUUACUUGAUGAGAAUGUAAUGAUUUCUUCGUCUGUUUUUGGUUGCUUAAGUGACAAGGUGAAGGUGGUGGAUUCCUGCUUCGAUUUUGGUUAUCAAAGAUCUUGUAUUUAUUUAUGUUUACACUGUUUGUUAUAUUAAUAAAAUGCAGAAAGUUUC